AACUGGUAUCGCACGGAUCGUCGCGUAAUUGAAAGGGUCGAAUGCGUUAAAUUUGUGCUGUCAGAUAACACCCUCUAGUGUUUGGAAAAUCCCGGCGUUUGAGCGCAUCCCCGCCGGGACCGGACCGUCCUUCGCUGCAUCCAGUCCGGGAUUCGCGCAUUAGACACAGCGGGAUAGUCGUUCGUUCGCGUUUUUUGCCGGUAUAAUCAGUGCUGGCAAAUACCAAAAACUUAUCUACUGGAUUGAAAGAGCAGUGUGAGCACGAGUCCUUUAGUUGCGAAUAAAGUUGUGUGCGGCGUUGCGGUGUGUAAAUGCGCUCAGCCGGUUAUUCGGCGUGUUUUGUGGAUUAAAGGUAGUUUGAGUCGCACGGAAUCACUCGCUCUCCAAGACGCAACUUUGCCCCCACGAGCAGCCGCAUUUGCGCUCCGGUGGAGCGGGCGAUGGGGCGCGUUUUAAUACCGCAGCCGGUGAACGCGUUUAGUGGCAAAAGAGCGUGUUGAUAGCGGCGAGAAAGGCAGCUGUGCCAUUCUUUAAAGCCGGAAGGAUUAACAAAAUCACACAUUUAAGGGAUUACACGUGGAUACAGAUGCGUAUCGUACCCGGAUUGCUCUGUCGCCCGGUGCUUUUUUCAGAGAUGACUUUUGGAGUAAAAAUGUGCCUCUUUUUCGCCUUGCCCGUGGUGGUCUUCGCGGACUCCAGUCAUAACAAUCAAGUGGUGCUGUUGGAUACCACAGCAGUACUUGGCGAGCUGGGCUGGAAGACAUAUCCAGUGAAUGGGUGGGACGCCAUUACGGAGAUGGACGAGCACAACCGGCCCAUCCACACGUUCCAGGUGUGCCACGUGAUGGAGCCCAACCAGAACAACUGGCUGCGCUCCAACUGGAUCUCCCGCGAAGCCGCACAGAAGAUCUACGUGGAGCUGCGCUUUACACUGCGCGACUGCAACAGCAUCCCUUGGGUGUCGGGCACCUGCAAGGAGACCUUCAACCUCUUUUACAUGGAGUCCAAUGACCCGCACAGCACCAGGUUCAGGCCGUCCGAGUACACCAAGAUCGACACCAUCGCAGCUGACGAGAGUUUCACGCAGAUGGACCUGGGCGACCGCAUCCUCAAGCUCAACACGGAGGUGCGGGAGGUGGGACCCAUCACCAGGAAGGGCUUCUACCUGGCCUUCCAGGACAUUGGUGCCUGUAUCGCCUUGGUUUCGGUGCGUGUGUAUCACAAAAAGUGCCCUUUCACCUUCCACAACCUGGCUACGUUUCCGGACACUAUACCUCGCAUGGACUCCUCCUCUCUGGUAGAGGUGAGGGGCACUUGCAUAAACAACGCGGAGGAGCGGGACACACCCAAGCUCUACUGCGGCGCUGAUGGAGACUGGCUGGUGCCCCUGGGUCGCUGCAUCUGUAGCACAGGCCACGAGGAGCUGGAUGGAACCUGUCUCCCUUGCGGGCUUGGAUUCUACAAAGCGUUCCCCGGGAACAUCAGGUGCUCCAAGUGUCCUCCGCACAGUUUCAGCCUCGACGAGGGCUCGUCUCUCUGCCCCUGUGAGAAGGGAUUCUUCAGGGCCCCCAAAGACCCCCCAAGCAUGGCCUGUACUCGCCCCCCAUCCCCCCCGCGAAACGUCCUCUUCAACAUCAACGAGACCUCGCUGUUCCUGGAGUGGAGCCCACCCAGCGACACUGGCGGCCGCAAGGACCUGACCUACAACGUGCUGUGUAAGAGGUGCGGGCCGGACCCCGGGCGCUGCGAGCUGUGUGGUGGGGAACUGCGCUUCGUGCCGCACCCCCGCGGCCUCAUCAACGCCUCCGUCACCGUGCUCGACUUCUCCGCCCACACCAACUACACCUUCGAGAUUGAGUCCCAGAACGGCGUGUCGGAGCUGAGCCCGUCGCCGCGGCCCAUGGCCGCCAUCACCAUCAGCAGCGACCAGGCCGGGCCCUCGCUGAUAGGGACAGUCAAGAAGGACUGGGCUUCUCAGAACAGCAUCGCCCUCUCCUGGCAGGAGCUGGAACAGCCGCCGUUAGCUGUGCUGGAUUACGAGAUCAAGUACUAUGAGAAGGAGAACGAACAGUUAAGUUACUCCUCCACACGCUCCAAGGCUCCCAGCGUCAUCAUCACUGGCCUCAAGCCCUCGACCAACUACGUCUUUCUCAUUCGCGCCCGCACCACGGCCGGCUACACCACCUACAGCCCCAAGUUCGAGUACGAAACAGGAGAGGACACUUCCAACAUGGCUGCCGAUCAGGGUCAGGUGCUGGUCAUCGUCACGGCAGCAGUGGGGAGCUUCACCCUGCUCGUCAUCCUGACCCUCUUCUUCCUCAUCACUGGAAGGUGUCAGUGGUACAUCAAGGCCAAGAUGAGGCCUGACGAGAAACGGAGAGCGCACUAUCAGAACGGACACAUCCCCUUCCCAGGCAUAAAGACGUACAUAGACCCAGACACCUAUGAGGACCCCACACAGGCCGUCCAUGAGUUUGCCAAAGAGAUUGAUCCCACCCGUAUUCGGAUUGAGAGAGUAAUCGGAGCAGGUGAGUUUGGAGAGGUCUGCAGCGGGCGCCUCCGCACGCCAGGAAAGAAGGACAUCGCUGUGGCCAUCAAGACACUGAAGGGCGGUUAUAUGGACCAGCAGAGGCGGGACUUCCUGCGGGAGGCCAGCAUCAUGGGCCAGUUUGACCAUCCCAACAUCAUCCGGCUGGAGGGUGUGGUCACUAAAAGUAGACCUGUGAUGAUUGUAGUAGAAUACAUGGAAAAUGGAUCUUUGGAUUCUUUUCUGAGGAAGCACGACGCCCAGUUCACGGUGAUCCAGCUGGUGGGCAUGCUGCGCGGCAUCGCCUCGGGCAUGAAGCACCUCUCCGACAUGGGCUACGUCCACCGGGACCUGGCCGCUCGCAACAUCCUGGUCAACAGCAACCUGGUGUGCAAGGUGUCCGAUUUCGGGCUGUCGCGGGUGCUGGAGGACGACCCAGAGGCCGCCUACACCACCACGGGUGGAAAAAUACCCAUCCGAUGGACAUCUCCUGAGGCCAUUGCCUACAGGAAGUUCUCAUCUGCCAGUGAUGCAUGGAGCUAUGGCAUCGUCAUGUGGGAAGUGAUGUCCUAUGGGGAGCGGCCGUACUGGGAGAUGUCCAAUCAGGAUGUUAUCCUGUCCAUAGAGGAGGGCUACCGUCUGCCUGCGCCUAUGGGCUGUCCCGUAGCUCUGCAUCAACUCAUGCUGCACUGCUGGAAUAAGGAGAGGAGCCUUCGGCCCAAGUUCACCGACGUCGUCAGCUUUCUGGACAAGCUGAUCCGUAACCCCAGCAGCCUGCUCAUGCUGGUGGAAGAUAUCCAAAGUUUCCCGGAAUCCCCCGGAGAUGUCUCCGACUACCCCCUGUUCAUCUCUAUUAGUGAUUGGCUGGACUCAAUUAAAAUGAGCCAAUACAAGAGUUAUUUCUUGGCUGCAGGCUACACUACACUGGACUCUGUCUCAAGAAUGACCAUUGAGGAUGUCAGGCAAAUUGGAGUGACGUUAAUUGGCCACCAGAGACGGAUAGUGAGCAGCAUACAGACAUUGCGGCUGCAGCUGCUGCAUGUCCACGACGACGCAUUCCACGUAUGAGGCUGCGCUUGAGUCGAGCUGCAUCCCGUCUGUCUUUUUCACCCUACAAACUGACAUCCUCUGACUUCCGUGAAAUGAACUCAACAGUCCAGACUGGGCUUGAACGCAGCUGCAUUAGCCAGACAAGGAACAAUGACCCUCGUAACAUUUGCUGCUCAAAAGGAGAUUGUAUUUCUUGUUGCAACAAGUGUUUGUGUCUGCAGCAACGGCAUUGAUAUUUAGAAUUGUAUGGUAGAUUUGGGGAUGUGAUCUACUGCUAUUUUCUAUGUUUUGUGACCCUGUAGCUGCUAUCACAAAUGCAAAUCAAACUAAUGUAUUCAUUAUUUUAAAGUAGAAAUCAUAAUAUAUUGUUAAUUUGUUAUAUCUUCUUCCCAAGAUAUACAAUAUGGUAAUACUUGAAAACAGUUGAGUGCCCAUUUUUUUAGUACAGACUACUGAAUGUUUUCAAAUUUUAAGUGUAUGAUCAAUUUACCAAUUAUUAUCUUAACCUGCUAUUUAGGUAAGUGAAGUCCUGUAUGUGAAACCCUUAGAAAAUCUAAAUUUUGUUUAGAUUUUUUUUUUUUUUAAAUUACAGCAUUAUUUACUUCAGCAAUAUAUGCAGUUGUUUCAAAAGCAAAAGGCGACUUGGGAAAACAGUCCACUUUUGUACUUAACUACAGACUUUAAAUGUACAACAGUGUUCACCUCAGGCAAUCUGGGACAGCGGGCAUCAGGGCCGUGGAAAGGCUACAGUUACGAAUGAAACAGCCCCGGGGAGAUUAAGAUACCUGAAUGUUAUACACCCUUACCCUGUGCUUUUGGUCAAUUCUUUCUUUUGUACUUUGAGGAAGGGAUCCAUUUGUGAAGAAGGUUAGGAGAUCAGAGAAAUGGGAAAGAAAUAUAUAAUGACAAUCAACGUUUGCAUGGUGUACAACUCCUCCAGAAUGAGAGUGUGCAAGCAGCUAGCCCACCUGCUCCCUCACGCUUACCUGUAAAGCAAAGCGCUUCCACAAACAGGCAUAGAGGAGCAGCGAUCUACACACACAGCUCAGUCAGGAAUUAAAGGGCAAAUGCGUUUCCUUGCACGGACGAGCGAAUGUCUUCUGAUGAUGCAACAAUUGCCAUGUUUACCUGACAAGCGGGCCUCAGGCAGAUGUGCUGGCGACAGCCACGUUUUCUGGACAGGCGAAGGCACUCGGCGUAUUCCUGCACAGAAGAUGUCCGCGACUCACAGAAGUACAGCAUCGCUCUCACAGCCGGGAGGCCUAAAGGAACAGGGGAUGAGAACCACUGUUUAGCACGCAGUGCUGCUAAGCAAAGGGAGGUCAUAUUUUGUACAAAGUACAAGUACCUAUAAUUCUUGUAUUUUAUUUUUCUAUCAUUUCCAAGGACACAUUUGUCAGGUCCCACAGACUAUAUAUAUAUAUAUAUAUAUAUACAUAUAUGCCUAUUUAUGAGAAUAUUUAUUUGCAAAUAAAAGCUAGCAGUUCUGGUGGUUACUCUGUAGUGUUUGCUUAUAUCUAGUGGUUUUGCUGUUUAUAUUUAUUUCCACCAGCAGCUACGUGACGUUUGGGAGCCGUCACACCAUCUCAUCCAUACUACGCACGUCAACAGACUUUUAUUUUUCAAAAUGGGGAACAUCGUUUGCUUGCUUUACCGACUUUUAAUAUUGUCAUAAUGAGUUAGUGCAUGGGCUUAGUUAACACAGAUAUGUAGAAGGAAAAUGUCUUCUGUCACCUGUUGCAGGUCCAGUAAAGUCCAGUAGCUAAAGAGCGGCGGUAGUAAACUUCCGUGAAUUUGCUUGGUUCACAUAAAGGACGGUAGAUUAAACUAUUGGUUUCAGUCCUGGGGGCAGAGAAACAGCAGGGAGGGGCCUGUUUACUUUGGGAUAUCACUUGUUUCAUGGAAGGCGCUGGUAGAAGGACAUUGGUAGUUUUCUUGUGUGCAUAUUAUGUUGGCCAAUAUGUAUAUGAAUCUUGGUUCUCUGGCAUGUUUUUAUGCGUUGUGGCAUUUGUUGUUUCAAUGCUUCGCUCUGCCAUUCUGUGGUGCUAGAAACCAUUGUAUAUCUGGUAAGCCCUCAUGUUGGGUCAGGGAGUGGGUAGGCAGGGCCUGCCAAAGGCAUAAGCAAACUAAGUGGCUGCUUAGGGCCCAGCGGCCACCAGGGGGCGCCCCCAUCUGAUCAGCCUGUCAGAAUGGGAAGGAAGAUAACUACUGUGUUAAUCAAAUAUUGAUUAAGGCCCACAAAAAGGUUUGAAUCUGCCCUGUUGUUAAUUAUCCUGGCUUUUGCUCUGCUAUAUAAUAGACCUCUUUGAGCCCUCCUGGAUAAGAGGUUAUAGCAGAUGUCGUUGUUUUAGACUAAUACAGUCCCCCCUACUGUUUAUAAACAAUGGCUAGGAUCUUUCAUUCUUUCUUCCCUUUUUGUUUUUUCAACCUUUUUUCCUCUGUUAUUUGGCAUAUUUUUGUCUUAUUUACAAAAACCUUAAUAAACAUCUGUUAUUUUCGCACCCUUACCCUGUCUUUGAUUUCAAUGGCCAGGACCAGCCUAUCAGAAAAUGACACCCAACAGGUGGCAGUAGUGAGUAGUAGUUUUGUUUUUUGUUCUCCCUGCAUUUUUUGCCCUUUCUUUCUUCUGACUUUCUUCCUGUGUCAAGAAAAAGGCCAGAAGUGAAAGAAUAGAUGAGCAUGUAGCAGGACGAGCUGUGGGAGGUGAAGAAGGUGAUGGAGAUGAACCAGAGCUGAGAAGCCUUGCUCAGGACAUGGCUCAUUUGAAGCAGGAUGCCAGGAUGAAGGUGCUAUCAUACCAGUUAGCCUUCUUCAACAGGAGUUGACUAGUGCCAGUGCUUGGGUGGACUUUACAGCAUGGGGCAUGACAAACCCCUUCCGUUUACCAGGAUGAGCUGAGCAGUAAGUAGGCUAGGGAUUGCUGAGAAUGUAGUGUUAAUGCCUAAAAAGAUGGUAGUCUAUGUGCUAUGUGCUACAACCAUCGAUUAGUGGAGAGACAAUUUGCAUCAAACAUCCAUCUGAGUGCCCGUUCUAACGAAAUGACUGCUUUCUGGACCCCCCUGAGGUCUCUUCCAGUCUUCUGUGCCACCAUUUAGGUCAUGUAGAGUCCCAGAAUGUUCACUCUCGGCAGAACACUUGAAAUACCCCCUUGUUAUGUUCAAGAAGCCAGUUUGAGAUACCUUGUGUUUUGUGAUAUUGUGCAUCAUCCUGCUGGAUGUAGCCAUUAGAUGAUGGGUAACACGUGACCCAUAAAAUUGUAUUAUUCUGUUUCCGUCAAUGUUCUUGACACAUAGGCCACCGGUCUUCCUUGUGGACGUAAGGCAACUCUGUGACCACUUUUAGAUGUGCCAAUGGUAAGCUUUGCCA